AUGGUUUCCAAACUCGCCGGCCGCGCGGUGCUGCUCCUCUUGUGCCUCGUCGUCGGCGACGCGGUUCGCCAAACAAGACUGCAGAAGAGUGACGUCGUCAGUGCAGCCCAGUAUGAGAAGCAAGAGCACGAGCAAGCGGGCUACGAGCAUGUCGAGGAAGGGCAUGGCGAGGAGGCUGCUGACUCCAAGCUAGAAUGGGGCACACCGGGCUGCGGCUCAACUUAUCAGUGCGCUUCUGGCUGCUCGUGUAUUGGCGGAACGCUUCGCAACCAUGCUGACACAGCAGUUCGCUGCUCUGAGGCAGCUGUACUCACAAUCGCAGCCCUCUUGCAGAAAAGAAAAGAGUGGCACCGAUUCGCUGGCACCUCGAUGUUCUGCUUACGCGUCUGGUUGCACGUGCUACUGCUACAGUGCGCAAGGGAACCGUGCUUGAUUGCUCCGGCUCUUGAGCGGAAGAAUGCUGCUGUUUCUUGCGCUGUUGCUACGGCUGCACCAGCACCGGCUCACAGCGUCCCUGACAGGCUCACACCUCUGUUGAAGAUGGCUUCGUCUACACCGUAG